AUGGAGCGGGGAUCCCCCGACCGACCGACUGACAGACCGACCGACAGCGCGCCCGGCCGGCCGCCUUCCAGCGCGGGCAGCACCGCCCGCAGCGCCACGGCCGCCGCCCUCAGCCCGCCCCGCCGCAGGGAAACUGAGGCAGCCGCCGCCGCCGCGCGGGUGGGGGUGGCCCGGCACGGGGGACAAAAAGGCCUCUCUUUGCUAGGGUACCACCUGUGCAACUACACCCUGACCAAAAGUGUGUUUAAAAUGGUUGCCUACCAAAAGUCCUAUGAGAAGAAGGCAUCCUGUGGAGGGUGGAUCCCCUGGAUGGUGUGUCCCCAGACACACCACAGAACAGAGUUCCACAGUGUUGAAGUCCCUGAGACCAUCACCCUCACAGAUUGCUGUGAGGGAUAUGAGCAAGUUGGACUCUACUGCUCUCUAGCACUCAAUAGAUCCAGUGUAUUUGCCUCAAGACCUGGUAUUUGUCCAGUGAAGGAUAUGGAAACAUUUGAUUAUCCUUGCACGUUCGACACUGAAUGUCCAGGGCUGAAAAAAUGCUGCAGCUCAUCCAAAGGAGCAGGCUGCGUGGAUCCCAUGCCAGAGGGGAGGAUGUUCUGGUACAACGUGACAGUGCUUGUGAAAAUGGAUUUCAGUGAAUUGAUCCGGGUGGAUUCCCACCUUCUGAAUCAUUCCCGCCUCUUGCACUCCAUGAUAACUGGUGCAUUGCAGCCCCUGAAUGCCUCUGUGCACCACAUCCAGAGUAACCAUGGGGACAUCUACGCUGGGACAGUGGCCUCCCAGCUUCUCCUGGGCCUGCAGCAUCCAGCUCCUCUGGCAGAGGUCUCCUCCUCCCUGAAGGCCAUGGUGAAGCGCGUGUAUGAAGUGAUUGACACACAAGUGCAAGAUGUCAAUGAAUGCUCCUAUGCUGAAUUCAAUGCUUGCCCUGAGAAAAGCAGCUGUGUGAACCUGGAGGGCUAUUACAGCUGCCAUCCCCAGCAUGGACAUGCCACUGUCACCCCUCACUGGCUGAGCCCAAGGAAGGAAGGCAUGGUAGCAUCUGCUCCAAGUUCAGUAAAUGCUGUUAACACUGGUAGUAGCUCUCCUUCUGUAAGGAAAUCAAGUCUCUUGUCCAUAACCAACCAAUCUACAGAUGCCGAGUGCUAUCCCUCUGCAGUUACAAACCAUCGGAUCCUCAGCGUUACCAGCAACAGCUUUGAAAUGUCCUGGCUUGUCAGUUCCACUCUGAACCACACUUUCCAUGUCCGGGUGGCCAAGGGCAAUGAAACUGUGCAGAACCUGAGGACAGAGGAAAUGCAGGUGGAUGUGUCUCACCUGGAAGCAGGUGUGAUGUAUUCAGUAGAGAUCCGCUAUGAAACUUGUGGGAAAACCAUUAUCUCCCAUCAAAAUGUUAAAACAGAGGCCAAGCUAUUUGAUGUUACUAUGAGGAUUCUCAACUACAACUUCACUGAUGAUUUCCAUAAUUCCAGCAGCUCAGCAUAUGAGGAAUUUUCAAGGAUUUUGCUUACAGAGCUUGAAAAUUCAUUCCCACCCAACAUUUCUGCCUUGUACAAAUCUGGGAAACUGAAAGUGCAGAUUGAAUCCCUGGCAGCAGGAAGCAUCAUUGUGAGGCUCAGAAUCACCGUGCAGGAUCCCGAGUUUCCAGUGGAUGCUUCCACAUUUGCCCCAGUGCUCUCCUACCUGCACAAUGGCUCUGUGCUAGAGGUGGAUCAGCAAAACACUGCAGUAGAAGACUGGGAUGAAUGUGCUUCCCAAGCUGACAAUGACUGCUCAGUGUUUGCAGAGUGCAUCAAUUUGAUGGGCUCCUACAUGUGCAGGUGCAAGACAACCAUGGAUACCAAUCCAUCCCGACCUGGAAGAAACUGUGAGGGUGAGAUUGUGGAUCCUCUCACCGAAACCGCGGCUCCUGAAAUAAAAACCAGCACGGACUUGGCUCCUGAGGAAGGCAGAAGCCCUGCAGGCCCUGCUCCCACUGCCACCAUGGGGACAGCGGCUGCUGCAGGCCCCACGUCUGGCGCCACCACAUUCCUCCCUGCUGCGCUAGCCUUGGGUGACAAAAGAGCGUCCCACAAUCCCACCAGUGCUCCUCCAACCCCUUGGCAGAAAGGUCUGUCCCCACAGACGGCUUUCAGCAGAGACAGCAGCCCUGUGGCAAUGGGGGUCUCUGCCAGCAGGGCACUGCCCAUGGGGACAGCGGCUGCUGCAGGCCCCGCGUCAGGUGCCACCACACUCCUCCCUGCUAUGCUGGCCUUGGGUGACAAACGAGUGUCCCACAGUCCCACCAGUGCUCCUCCAGCCCCUUGGCAAAAAGGUCUGACCCCACAGAUGAUUUUCAGCAGGACUAGCAGCCCCAUGGCAGUGGGGGUCACCCCCAGCAGGGCACUGCCCAUGGGGACAGCAGCUGCUGCAGGCCUCGCGUCAGGUGCCACCACAUUCCUCCUUGCUGCGCUGGCCUUGAGUGACAAAAGAGCGUCCCACAAUCCCAGCAGUGCUCCUCCAAUGUCUUGGCAAAAAGCCUUCCAGAAACUUAGUGGCACAGUUCGGAUAACAAACACGGAAUACUCUCCAGGCUUUAACAAUAACAGCAGUGAGGAAAAUCAAACCUUUGCACAGCUCUUUGUUGCUGAAGUGCAGAAAUCUCUGCCCCUUGAGGUGCUGCAGCAGAUGGAUGCUGGUCUGAUUCAAGUGCUGGUAACUGGUGUUACUAAUGGGAGCACAGUGGUAAGUUUCAAUUUGCUGCUUGCAGAAGAAGUGGAUGCCCACCAUGUCAUCAGCACUUUUUGUGAGGCCUUGGAACACAGCUCCCACUUCACCAUGGACAGGAGCAGCCUCUCCACACACGCACUUCCCUUCAGCCAGAAGGCAACAGUGACAGAUAAGAAACCUGUGAACAGUGCAAUUUUACCUGUGACAUCUCUGCAAACUUCAGCUCAUGUUUCCUCCCUUGCUUCACUGGACUUCUCUCCUGCUGAGCACAAAGCUCUGGAGGACCCCAUGUUCUCCAGAACAGUGCUGAGUCCUCUCACCAUGGAUCCCAUGGCAGCUCCUGAUGUUUCUCCUCAAGCACCUCCAGCCCCCCUGGUCAAACCCGCCCAAGAGGUUUCCAUUAAAGACGCUGUGAGUGUGUUUUGUGAGAUUGAGAGGAUUGUCCUUGCCAUCCAGAAGAGGUUCCUGCAGCAGGAGUCCAUCCCAGAGAGUUCCCUGUUCCUGGGGGAGCCUGGCUGCAAUGUGAGCACCAGCAAUGGCACCCACGUCGUGCUGCAGGCGGGCUGGAGCGACUGUGGCACCCAGGUUGAGACCAACAUGACUACUACUGUGGUGAGGACCACCCUUCGGAAUGAUGUUUCUGCUCAGGGAAUAAUCCACCACUUGAACAUUGCCAGUCCCAUCCACUGUGUGUUUCAAAACAAUGUCUUAACUUCCUCUGGGUUCACUGCAGAAAGACUUUACACCAUCUUUGAGGAUUUGCAUGGACCUGGAUACUUCAGAACAGAAAUGCAGUUGUUCAUUGGGAGCUCCCCAGUGCCCAGAAAUUUCAGUGUCUCUGCCAGUGAGGAUGUGCUGAUGGAGGUGGGGAUGCAGAGGGCAGACAGCCAGCUCAAGGUGGUUCUCACUGACUGCUGGGCCACUCCAACCAAUAAUUCAGUGGAUCCCCUGCCAUUUGUUUUCAUCAGCAACAGCUGCCCCAUCCCAAAUACUUACACCACGCUGGUGGAAAAUGGGAAUUCAAGCAAAGCUCAGUUUAAGAUGAAAAUUUUCUCCUUGGUCAACAACUCUGUGGUUUACUUACACUGCAGAAUUCGUAUUUGUGUGGAGUCACGAGGAAGCACCUGCAGGACUAGGUGCCAUGCAAGGACUCGGCUCCUGAAGGCUGGAGAAACCAUCUCCCUGCACAGAACAUCCUGGGGACCCCUGUGGAAAUCAGCUGGUGACCCUCCUGCAAAGGAGGCUGGAGUGGGAAUUGGAUCCAUCAUCCUCAUAGCCCUUGCUGUGCUUGGUUUUGUGCUGGGAGUUGUGACCCUGCUCAUUUUCCAGUACCAGCGAAAGACAGGAAGAUGCAACCUCAGGAUCAAGUCUGACAACUUCAGCUACCAAGUGUUCUAUGAUUAGUGACUCACAUUGGAAUCAUAUCUCAUCACUUGGAGAACUGAAGUUUGUCUUC